GCCAUCGUGCUGGGCACGAAGCUGCAGCUGCAGGCGGACCUCGACGUUGAGAAGAUGUGUGCGCCCCUGCUCCUGCAGGACAAGGUGGACCUCACAGAGCGCUACGUGGACAGCUCACCCCUCCUCCAGCAGAGGCUGCUGGCCCUCAUGGACUCCUGGUGCCAGCCCGGCUUUGACAUCAGGGUCGUUGCCAGGCAGUACCCACAGGCGACCCUGCGGCUGGAGAGGCUGAGCCCCAGAGCCCUGGGCCGGCAGGUGCUGCGGCUGCUGGAGCAGUACCGCCUGGGCCCCGCCCUGUGUCCCAACGUGGUCACUCAGCAGCGCCUGGCUGCCCUGCGGUACCUGUGCUACAAGCGGCUGGUGGAGAGAAGCAUAUCCCGGGAGAGCUGGGCUGAGCUGGUGCAGGGCCUGGUGGGGCAGGACGAGUGCCUGCAGGGGCAGCUGCUGCGGCUGCUGGCCUCUCAGGAAGAUGUGGCCGCGGUCGCCCAGUGUGCCCUGGACCUCUCGUUGCCUGAGGAGCGACUCCCAGCCACAGUAGUGGCGGAAAUGAGCCAACUCAGGCUCCAAGAGAGUGAGAAGCAGGGAGGGCCACGGAGGCGCGCAGGGCGCCCCCCGGAGAGAACCCGGAGGGGCCUGGGGACCUGGCCGCUGCCAGGGUGCGCGGGCAGAGGCGUGGGAAGAAAGCCCGAAGGCCCCGGGCACAUGCCGGCCUUGAGGGCUCCCCUGGCCCUGCAGCCAGCUGGGGAUGUCCUGGGGGGCACCGGGGGCUCUGCAGCUCUGCUCCUCCCCAGGACAGACAAGGCACCUUCAGAGGACAGGCGGGAUGACUGCUACCGGCUGCCCAUUGCCAGGGAGGACAUCCACUUCCUGGCCUCCUGGGAGGAGCUGGCCAGGCACGAGGACACGCUCCUGCAGCCAGGCCAGGUGGUCGGUGUGGACCUGGAGUGGAGACCGUCUUUCGGCGCAGGCGGCCGGCCCCGGGUGUCGCUCAUGCAGGUGGCCGUGGAGGGCCGUGUGUUCCUGCUGGACCUGCCCCAGCUCUCGAGUCCUGCGGGAGGGCAGGCACCCCGCGCCUUCUCCCAGCUGGUGUCUCGGCUGCUCUCAGAUCCCUCCAUCACCAAGCUGGGUUAUGGGAUGGCGGGGGACCUGCGGAGCCUGGGUGCGUCCUACCCAGCCCUGGCGCAGGCCGGGCAGCAGCUGCAGGGCUGCCUGGACCUGCUACAGGUGCACAGACAGGUCAGCACUGGGGGUGUGCUGGGGGCUCCCUGCUCUGCGGAGCUGCCCACACAGCGGCGCCCGGCAGCGGUCUCACUGAGGACUUGUUCCUGCCUGGUCCCAGCCCGGGCCUUCCGCGUGGUGUGUGACAGCAUGCUGGGGGGGCUGGGGCGGACCCUCCGCUGCCUGGGUGUCGACGUGCGGGUGCUGCACUCUGGUGAGCACCACCGGCAGGCCGCCGAGGUUGCCAGGCAGGAGGGGAGGGUCAUCCUGACCUCGGGGCUGCCAUACCACAAGCUCCGGGCCCAGGUCGGAGCUGGGCGCUGCCUGGCAGUGGACUGCUCCCUCAAGGCCCAGCAGCAGGCGAAGGCCAUCCUCAGGCAUUUCAACGUGCGUGUCACCCCCGCGGACAUCUUCAGCCGCUGCCAGGCCUGCAACUGUGACCGGUACCUGAAGGUCUCCAAGGACGUGAUGAAGCAGCUGGUGCGGCUCAGCGUCCACCUGGGAGGCCCUGGUGGUGCCAGCACUGAGGGCCCCCACAGCGAUGGUGAGCAGGAGGCAGGAGCCCUGAGCCACCCACCAGGGACACGAGGGGCCCCGGCAUCUGGAGCCCCAGGAUGGGGGGGAGGGAAUGGGCCUGUGCCCCACGGGGAGGGCCGGGAAGGAAGAGGCCAGUCCCCCGUGACCCAGAGGGUUCCUAGUAGGAGAGGCAGGGGGCGGGCGAACAGCGUGGGAUGGGGGCCACCUGCCUGCGGGCAGGGCUCAGGGUGGCCGCUUCAAUGUCCAGGCUCAGCCCCGGAGGAGGCCCCCGGGGGCUGCUCCUAUGACCCCCCUUGCCGCUGGCUGGAGGACGCAGAUCUGCAGACCCGCGUGCCAGCCACGCUGGCCAGCGGCACCCAGCUGCAGCUGGCGGGCGUCCCGGCAGGCGUGCUCCGGCGGCCUGGGCUGGGGCAUUCCUGCUGCUGCUCCGGCUGCGGAGUCUUCUGGGAAGGCUCCCACCCGGCCCGAGUCACCAGCAACUUCCAAGAGGUCCUGGAGGGCGCCCCCCGCCCAGCCAGCGGCCCCUCCUGAGAGCGGGGCCCGGGCCGCCUGGAGUAAACAUGCCGACGCUGCACAGGUGGGGGCCGCGGGCUCCUUCCUCUGGUCUCCGCUCACCCCUGCCCCGCGCUCGCCAGCCC